CCCGACGUGUAUAUAUGUACGGUAAUAUAAUCUGUUUAUUGGAUAGUUCCUCGAAUGGUGGCUUUGAAUGUAUUUAUCAAAGCAAAAAGAUUAUAUGCAUUCAGCAUAAUUCAAUAGAUUGUUUACAGAUCGGCUUACUACAAAAUGUUAGAACGUAGAGCCCGUAGUUAAGACCUCUAUUGAUAUACAGUGUUGACAACAUGGGCUUAUACAUCGAUCGGCUACCUGGACUUGUACGUUGAACAAAAUGAACAAAAUGGUGUCAUAAAAUCGAUUCAAUGAAAAUAGUGCUAACCAGGGGAAAAUGUGUUGAUCACGAUGAAUAUUAAAUACUGGAGAGUAACAACGCUGUGCUGAACGAAUCAAAAAGAUAAAAAAAAACAUACGUAUACUCCGUCACUGUAUGGAUUAAGAUAUAAAAAAAAUAUUCCUCAAUCAAGACGGUAGAAUAUAAACAAGGACUGGCUGCUACUACCAGUAAACCAUAAUUGAGGAAUAAGAACAAUCGAACCACUGACACUUUAAAUUCAUGGUCAAUCAAAAGAUUUAUUCAGGAAGUUUAACGUGAUCAUUGUAGACCGUUAGAGCAAGAUGGCGUUGAUGAUGACCCCUAGCCCGAGUUACGGGCAGACAGGGAGACAAGGUCAGUUCAAGAUGUACCAGCACAGGAAGUCUAGGGUAGCCUCAACUUCUCCAGAUAAACUGGUAUCCAUUCUGAAAUCCCCGACAGGAAAUGAUGUCAAGGUGACGUCAAUUAGUAUCAAUGAUAUUUAUGGUUUAGCAGAACGAGAACGUUUAAAAUCUCGUGAGAGUUACACGAGAGAUAGACGAUAUAGAGAUAAUAUUACUUCAAGAUCUUUACCUAAUAGUUACGGAGGUACAAAUCGUCCACAUACAGAGCCAGUUGGGAGUAUUGUUCCCUUUGUACGAAACUCCGAAACCACGGCCAACUCUGAGACUCAUAUCAUGAGCGUUCCUUCUCGAUCUCGAAUGUGCAUCCGAGCUGAGAGCACUAUAAAUCCGAGUACUUCAACGGCAAUCAACGCUCUGUCUAGACAAUGCUGUGAUGUUCUAGGUCCUCAUAUUUGCCACAAAUGCUCAAAGAUCAACGAACGCUACAAGGAUACCGUAAAAUGUGAUGAGGCGUUUCCGAGUCUCAGAGUAUCUGCUGAGAAUUUCCAGACGUCUGUUUUGCUAAAUAAACACUUGCCAGAUAUGACUACUUAUCAGAUACAAAACAAAGUUGCUAGAGGAGAAAUUUGUCGAGUGAACUUUCGAGAAAAGUCCUCCACUCUUUUGGAAAGUAAAAGACGGCAGAAUAAUGAAUACGUACACCCUGAAAUUUUACAAACUAAACGCAGACCAAAAACGUUGACAUCAGAUGGGUCUACAUGGACAUAUUUUAGAAGCAUUCGUGAUCUGAACAGUAGAAUGAUAGAUGGCAAAGUGCCUAAAAAACUCCCAAAAACAAAAUUAGCAAUGCCCGAUGAUAUCAUGCCCAAGGAUUCUGGAGAAAAAGAAGAGAAAAGUUUCAGUGAGCUACUCAUGCCGAUGUUUGUUGGCAAACGCCAACACAAACCGAUGUUAACCUCAUUUAUUCAGUACUUCGACCCUCCAUUGUUAACCGUCGCUGCCCAAAAUGCAGAACCUGCUUUCUUUGCCGGCUCUAAAGAGGCGUACAAAUUACCAGAGCGUCUUCCUGAUGAGUUAUUCACAGAGGAAGAAUUGACAAUACCUGAGCUAGGAGGUCUUGGCGAUGAUGACGAUGAGGUGGACCAUGAUAGCAACAGUCACGACAGCAAGUCCCCAACUAGCCAGCGUCCGUAUGCAUCGGAACAACUAAGCGCGACACCUAUUGAUAACGUUAGCACUUCAGCGGAUGAACAUUUAUAUGCCACUCCAGAUCUCAAACCGUUUAAUCAAAAGUACCACCAAAGUGCUGACAAAUAGUCACGAGCCAAAGGGAUUAUAACAAAAUUCAACACGUUGUAUGUUCUGUCAAAGAAAUGCAUCUCCGGCUUCCAAAUACGAAUCAUCAUCUCGUCGAUUUCCAAGCAAUAUUUAGUAGUUCCGCCGUGAACGUUUUGACGGUGUUCUAGUCCGAUAGACUUACUCUUGCUAUUCCUAAAGACUUUUUAAACUUAUUACUUACCAUAAUCACUGAUUCACAAUCCACAGAGUAUAAAUCUAGGAAGCACUGACCUUGGUACUGUGUUCAGGGAGACUACCAUUAUUUCUAUAUAGCCCUUGUCGCGGUGGCAUAUAAUAUUCACUGGUGAUCCGCUCGAUUACGCUUGUUACCGAAACAGUUUUCGUUUCGGUAACAAAAUGUCGAUUUUUCUCAUUUCCUUAUUACACGCGUUGUGUAGGCAGAAUCCUCACGGCAUUUCUCUCACAAACGUGUAUCAGUAUCAUAUGUUUUAUCAAAUGUACAUGUUUGCGAAAAGUAGCUCAGAAGACAACAGAAUCGUCGAUUUAAUUCCUCACUUUAGUUACAUAAAC